CUCUGAUCAGUUGAUUCUGUUUUAUUUUAAUGGAGUCUUUUAGUUGCUUCUUGUUCUUCUACAUCUGUUUUGUCUUCGGUUUUGCUUCUUUCUUUUGUCCUGCGCCGCCAUUAUCAGUAGCUACAAGCUCGGUUGCAGCUACAAGACACCUCCAUAAGUGGAUCGGACCCAUCGGUCACCGGCUGAUUACCGUCGACAUUAAUGGGUUGGGUCAUUUCCGGUCAGUUCAAGCUGCCGUUGAUGCUGUCCCGGAGAACAAUAGAAAGAAUGUUCUAAUUCGUAUCAGCGCUGGAUAUUACAUACAGAAAGUGGUGGUGCCGGUGACAAAGCCAUACAUUACGUUGCAGGGAGCAGGGAGAGAGGUGACUUUCAUCGAGUGGCAUGAUCGAGCGAGUGAUCUUGGAUCCAACGGCCAACAGUUGCGUACUUAUCAAACUGCUUCUGUCACUGUGUAUGCAAAUUAUUUCUCUGCUAGAAACAUCAGCUUCAAGAAUACAGCACCGGCACCCAUGCCGGGGAUGCAAGGAUGGCAAGCGGUGGCGUUUCGGAUAUCGGGCGACAAGGCUUAUUUCUCAGGCUGUGGAUUCUACGGUGCACAAGACACUCUUUGUGAUGAUGCUGGUCGCCAUUACUUCAAGGAGUGUUACAUUGAGGGAUCAAUCGACUUCAUCUUUGGAAACGGCCGCUCCAUGUACAAAGACUGUGAGCUGCACUCCAUAGCCACAAGAUUCGGAUCCAUAGCAGCCCACGGCCGAAACUCACCCGACGAGAAGACGGGCUUUGCAUUUGUGAGUUGCAAGGUGACGGGAACGGGUCCACUUUAUGUGGGUCGAGCCAUGGGUCAAUACUCGAGAAUUGUAUAUGCUUACACUUACUUUGAUGACCUGGUUGCUCAUGGUGGGUGGGACGACUGGGACCAUGCCAGCAACAAAAAUAAGACGGCGUUCUUUGGGGUUUAUAAGUGCUGGGGUCCCGGAGCUGCUGCGGUGCGUGGGGUGUCGUGGGCAAAGGAACUAGAGUUCGACGAGGCGCAUCCUUUUCUAGCCAAAAGUUUUGUCAAUGGCAGACACUGGAUUGCACCGUGGGAAGCCUAGUCCAAAACACAAACAAACAAUAUACAACCUAGUCCAUAUUCUAUGUUCCAUUUCCCUUCGUAUUAUUUCACCGAUUCAAUUCAAUUUUUGUUUGCAUAUAUACUGUAACGAAAAAAAGUU